AUGGAUUCACGAACCGUAAUUUCGAUGGAUAAUGCCGAAAGUAACAGUCAUUUAUUCCGUUCCGAUGAGAAAAAGGGACUUAGCCAUAAUUUUAGCGCCCCCCAUUUUUACCACGGCAGGGGGGAGGACAAGUUUAAGUUCGCGCCAGGUUACAACUACGGCGAUAUAAGCGGCGACAGAUGCGGUCAUAGCUACGACCACACGUACGGUCACACUUACGACAACACCUACAACCACAGCUGCGGCGUCGAUUUGAAGAGCGGAAAAAACGGGUUCGACUCUUUCACAUCCCCCAAAAGUUACAACCACGUUGUUAAUGGAGAAAAUGAAAAGCUUUGUGGCAACGUCGAGACGUUGUUAUUAGAUGUGGAACCUUGUGAAGACAACCCAAUGAAAGGCGAGCCUGACAUUUUUCCAAAGCCACAUAACACCAGUUUACAUUGCGCACAUCAUGAUUCACAGGUAGCUACACACCAUCAUAUAUGCCACAGUGGGGGUUACGCGGAGAAGGUGGGUGUGAUGGACCCGAGGAACGCAGAACAGUUGGCAGAGCAGUUCGCGGAACAGUUCGCAGAACGAGUAGAUCAUUCUGCACUUGGACAACUGGACGAACCCGUGGAAGAGAAGGAGCAGCACGUAUUUCAAAGAGCACAUAUGGUCCACAAACCGCAUGACCUCAGUGGCAACGGAACCAAUUACACAAAAGAGUAUAAAGGGAACCAUGAAAGAAUGAGACAAAAUAAUAUUCACAACCAAAUUAUUAAAGAUAUAAGAAGAAGCAAAUCAAAUUAUAGCUUCCGAAACAUUGUCAUCACAAAUGUGUUCUUGGGUAACAUUCCACCUAACAUAACAGAAGAGAGGAUAAAAAACGUGUUGGAAAUUUUUGGGUACAUAAUUCACAUUGAGUAUAAAUGGUCCAUUGAUAAAUGGUCCUAUGCAUUUGUGUACUUCGUUGACGAGAAGUGUGCAAUAAAUGCUGUGAAUAUUUUGAACCAGAAGAAGUUUUUUGACAAUUGCCCCAACCACAAGUUGAUAUGCUUUAUCGUUUCGAAGCAGAUUCCGAACCAGAACACGCUGCACUACAGCAAGGCCAACUUUUCCCUCUUGAAGGACGGCCCACCGGGCGCAAAUCUGUUCCUGUAUGGAAUCCCCCUCAAGUGGACCGAACUGAACCUGAUCCAAUUGGUUAACAAGUACGGCCACGUCGUGGGCCUCAGAAUUCCAUAUAUAAACAACGAGCAUGACAAGAAGCAGGGGAAUAGGGGCUUUGGUUUUGUGUCGUACGACAACAAGAAGUCCGCCAUUGAGGCGUUUGAGGAGCUGUCCAAAAUGUACAUUCACGGGAAGCUGCUGAAGGUGCAGCUCAAAAAUGGCGAGGAGCAUUUGUUGCCGCCCAAGCUCAAGAGCAUGUACAGCACCAGCGUUAACCCUAACGCGAACGUCAACAUGAGCAGCAGCGUCAGCGUGAACGUGCAGGCGAACCAAAGCAAAGUAAAGGACCCGAACAGCACGAAGACGGCGCAGAGCCUCGUAAGCACCGCCGACACGCUCAAAACCCUCAACUCCGUCAAUUAUGUAGAUGCGCCGAAGAAAACGAGAAGUAACUUCCCUAGCAGUAGCAGCAGCGCAAAUGGAGGCAGUGCCAACUGCAGCGGCAGCAGUCAGGGCGCCAACUUCAUGACGAGCAACACCAUGAUAACCGAACUGGUUUGUAACGGCGCGGACAACCACAUACAACAUAUGUCUACACUGGACCCCAACUGUCCUCCACUGGAGUACCUACCAAAUGACGCAAGUAGCAACACCAUGCCAUUGAGCAGCUCACAUGGAAAAUUCGUCAAAUAUUUUUCUGACAAUUAUUAUAAUAAAUAUAACACAAGUAGCAAGAGAUUGAAUAAUUACAUGCACAGCUUUAACAAUUACAGCACCCUAAGCAACAACGCAGUUUGUCCUACCUACCCAGUGGAACCUCUAAGCGCUUUACAUAAGACGAGCGAAGUGGGAGAUGUGUUCCGAGGUACUGGUGUAAGUAGCAACACCCGUUUGUAUUAUACUGAAAAGGGUGACAGUGGGGAAGGGGGGACCUCUUUUAGGGGGGGUACACUUGGAAGUAUCAACGGGUGUUUGAUUAGCGAUGAGAAUAGAAGCGAGCCCGAGAAUGGAACCCCCAUCAUGGAGUACACAGGAAUGAGUAAGUACCCUCAUAACUUGGAAGGUGCAGCAUUGAAGAUGAAUCAAAAGAUUGAAACUUCAACGUAUGAUUAUGUAAAUGAUCGUUUUGACCAUGUCCUUAAUGAAUGUCUUGUUGAUACGAACGAUAAGGGGAUGGACACAGGAGAGCUUUAUUCUUGUGCACUGAGACGAACGUUUCAUAUACCGCCUGAACCAAGGGCCAGAGGAAUAAACAAUAAAAUGUAUUAUCACCCGAACAAAAUAGGACAGAAGUGUCUAAUGAAUGCGAAUCCGACCGCUUCGUACAAUUGUGACCUGUUUGGGGAAGACACAAAUGGGGACAAUGUGCAGGUGGACAAAUUGAAUCAUCUGAAGGAUAAGAUUUAUGUGCAUCAGAGAAAAAACAUGUUUUGCAAUCCCACUGUGGAGGGAAGCACGAGCGUGAACAUGUACAGUCAGUUCUUUGCGAAUGACACAACGGGAGAGUGUAGCGUAGAUGGGGGUGGCAGCGGAAAGUGGGGCGGCCACUGGGAUGGGAAGUGGGAUGGGAAGUGGAACAGCCUUGCGCCCCUCGGCGGAGACUCAUUUAGAAGCGCCAAGAGCAAAACGCAACUGGGCGGCGAAAACGGAAACAUAACAUCCCUUCUAAAUCACAUAUGGUACGACAAUGGCCACAGUGGCUCAAGUGUUGCUUGCGGUGAUGCUUAUUGUAGUAGCUCUUAUAAGGACUGGUAUAACAAGUCGAACACAGGAGGGUCGGACGAGUAUACUAGUUACUCCUGCAGUGAUGCAAACAACCAUGCUGUUGAGAACAACGACAAAAGGGGCGUGCGAAACGAAGUCAUGUGUAACGCGCAAGUGGACGAGCACGACGAGAAGAAGAAGGGGGAUGUUCAAAUGAACAAAAGCUCCCAUCUGUAUGCGAAUGGAAACGAUUGGCAGUAUGGAGAAAAGGAAUGCGAACAAGUGAAUGGAGCAAGCCAAAGUGGCGAGAACUUUUACCUUACUUUUAAUCACGACGAUUUGCGCGACGAGCUAGGUGGUAGUGGUGACAGCGGCAACGACACGUCCAACUACUGCAAAAACAUGCAGCUCUUCUUCUCCUUCCUAAACACAUACACAAAUAAAAGCUCGGCAAACACGAACGACUGUAUUAGCAAGGAAAACAUGAAACUGUAUGAAAUGCUGAACCCAAAAAUUGAAGAUCAGUCCGACAAGAAGCUUUUGGAAUACUCCUUCAUGGAACUCCCCUCGAAGAACAAGAAAAACGAGACGCAGUGUGAGCAGGAGAUUGAGGGGCAGCUCCCAAAUCAGUUGCAUAAGGAAGAGGCGCAGGAAGACUAUGAUCAGAUGGUGCAUUAUGAUCCCCCCGAUUUCCUCAACGCCGGGCACUUCAGUUCUAGCUUUUAUGACCGCAUCGACGCAUAUGGCGCGAAUGAAAAUAACAAGGGUGGCAAUGGAGAAGGUAGUGGCAGCGGUGACAAACAGCUGGACCAGGAAGAACGGCUCUCAGAGAAAAGCGAGGAACUGUUAGAUCGAUACCUGAGCGACAUGUACGUUUUUAAUGAUUAUCCGGUUGUGAAUAAUUGCACCGAGCCCAUGUUCAACUUUGAAGCGAGGAACGAUGGGGAUGCGAAUGUGGACGCGCAUGUGGAUGCGCAUGCGGAAGCUAAUGGUGAGAAGACUUGCUGCAACAACACGGGUAAUGCCAACCCGGACAAUGAGAGCAGCGGUAGCAGAGGUAGCAGUGCCAACAAGAACAGCAGCAGUAGUAGCACCAGCUGCAGCAGCAAAGUCGUUUCGAGCGCGCAGGAUGUCGCAAGUAAGCGCGCGCCGACGUACUACGAAGACAGAAACGGGAGUACGAAUACAGCCUUCAAGACCAGCAGCGCGGGAAAGGGUUCCUAG